AUGACUGGGAUAUGUUUGCCUGAACCUUAUCAACCAAACACUCAACUAGCUGGGAACGUCAACUCAAGACGUAAUUUUGUUGAUAACUCCAAACAACUUGCGUUUGAAGGACUCAAGAACACUUCACCUAAAUACGCAACCGAAUAUAACAUAUCACAUGAGCCCAUUUCAACAAUUAGGCUGAGUAAUAGUGUUUCUGAUUCCCAUCGACUUGGUAAAAAUGCCUAUUAUUCCACCUUUCAAAGAAGGGUAGAGGGGAAACCUAGCCCAAAUCACCUUAAAUAUAAUCCAAGUUAUAGUACAAAGUAUGAACAACAGCCUGUUUCAGGAGUUAAAAUCCCAGUUAAUGGAAUUAAAAGAAUUGGAAUACCAAACAAGCUAACUGGUGUAAAUAACAGAAAUAGUCGAACGAAUUAUGAUUCCCUAAUAUCUGCAAAUUUUAACGAGUCUUUUACUACUAACUGUGAAUAUCUAGAAAGGAUGUCAUCAAUUGAUACCAAAGAUUUUGCUCCAUUCGAAACUAACGACCCUGACUUUUUAAGAAAUUUUAUGUACUAUGAGAAGAUGAAAAAGGGUCUUUUGGAUAAUUUAGAUAAGGACCAAACUCAGGUUAAAAAUAAACGUGAUACCCAAAUGAAACAAAAGGAUGAUGCUAAUCGUAAACAGACUGAUAAUGAAAACACUAUCGAAGUUGUUAAACCAAAUAACAAGGUUUAUCAGACUACAAAAACCACAGUUUCCCGUGAAACAAAGAAUAAAUCUGAGGAACAUGGAACAAAUUCAACUUAUUAUGAUCUAUCAAAGUCAGAAUUAUGUGACGGGAUUGCUUCAAUAGGUUUGGCUCUAAGUAAGGUUUUCAGGUUCACUGGUGCAGGAGUUCUGUUCGUCUGUAGCUCAUUCACAGAUAAUGUAGAAGGACUGAUUAAGUCAAGGAAACAAAAUGACUCUAAAAACAAGGACACAUCACAUAUUAAUGAUAUUAAGGCUGCUAUGGCUAGCAUGUAUGAUGAGGCUAAUCCUUAUGACCGAAAUUGUGACCCCCACUGCAAUAAAUCAAGUGCUCAUACUCGAUACAAAUGUCCCUAUCCUUGCAGUACCCAUGAUCGGAUGACUAAGGAUUGCAGACAUAUGGCGAAUUUUCGUGACACAUUUAACCCCAACUAUGGUCUAAUGGGUGACCAUUAUAACCCGGUUUAUAAUAAUCUAAGAGAAAACCAAGACAAAAUAUACUCAUAUCAAGAUGUUUAUGGUCUAAACAAAGGAUUAGAUACCAGACAUAAUGCUUGUACUACAGACUAUUCCUACGACAGGCUUUAUAGACACACAACCACCGAUUACAACACUCCAAUUCACUUGAACAACUUUAGAAUAGACUAUGAUUCAGAUUUGGAUGAUUUAGAAAAUAAAAACACUAUUCCCGGCUUCACUUCUAAAGUUUUCACUAACGUCAACAAUAGACCAAUCGGGGUUAGAAAUUUAGACCACACGUAUGAGAAUAAACCUGAUAUGAGAACAUACGAUCUCAAGACUUCUAUACCCGUUUCCAGUCAAAGGAAUCCAGUUUCAAAUUUUAAGUUUACAAAUUCACCUAAAAUUAACAUUUCAACUCCAAAUGAUCACAUAGGUUCAGGCGCAAAUCGAACACCCUCAGAUAUAAUUAAUACCUUUGACGUUCACAAGGCUGUUGACUUGGUUCAAAGUAAAAAGAGCAAGGGACCUCAGGAGCACUUUGGAGUUCCUAGUGUGGUUGGUUAUGGAGCUAAUAAUCCUAUGCCACAACAACCCUCGCCUGAAAAUAACCAAAACAACCUCUCAUUGAUCAAUACUCAAAAAUCACCCAACUCUCAAACCGGGAAUAUCAUAAUCAAAGCAACCCAACGAUCUGCUGAAGGAAAUAAUACUUCAAGUAGUGUCAAUAACAGCAAUAUCAAUACAACCAGUGAUAGUAACUAUACCAGCAGUGCAAACACGACCGGGAACACCACCACUAGUAAUACAAGUAAUACUGAUAUUAGUAACACUGGCAGUAACAGGACGGGUGACAGUGAUAAUAGCGGUAGAGUAACGGUUCAUAGGAAAUAUAAUAACGAAGAGGAGAGACUUAAUGAGAUAAAGAGGAUGGAGGUUAAACACGGGCUAAAUGUCCUUUUACAGGAACAGCAGAAGAUGGUAGAGGCAGCAAAAUUCUCUGAUACGGAAGUAGAACCAAAUGAAAUUGAAUUAAAGAAGAAAGCUAAAAAGAAAAUGUUUAAAUUUUCAAGAAAAUAA